AUGGGUCCUGUGGGCUGUGCCUUCCUGCUGUCCCUUCUGCUGGGGUCUUUCCUAUCCUCUUUCCAAAAGAAAACCCUCCAGUCAGUGUGUGGACGCCCUGUAUACUCAGGCCGUGUUGUGGGCGGCCAGGAUGCUGCUGCCAUGCGCUGGCCUUGGCAGGUCAGCCUGAAGCUCUUCAGCUCCCACGUCUGUGGGGGCUCCCUCCUCAGUGACAGGUGGAUAGUCACUGCAGCACACUGCUUCCAAACGACAAGGAUUCCUUUCUUAUACACUGUGUGGCUGGGGUCAGUUGAUAUGGACAGUCUAGAUGAAGGCGUGAUACAUCGUGUGAGCCGAAUUGUCGUCCAUCCCACAUACAGUAAUGUCAGUGGAGACAUUGCCCUGUUGAGGCUGUUCUCUAGAGUCACCUACAGCUCUUCCAUCCUGCCCAUUUGCUUGUCCAACGUCAAAAAGAAGCGGUUGAUAAUUCCAGACUCUUGCUGGGUGACUGGAUGGGGAAAACUGAAAGAAGAAGAUGCUGAUUACCCUACCAUGCUCCAGGAAGCGGAAGUACCCAUCAUUCAACGCCAGAAAUGUGAAAACAUCUACAACCCACUGGGCUCCUUCUUGCCGCAAAUACAGCCAGUCAUCGAGGAAACCAUGAUUUGUGCCGGUGAUCUUAACAAAGGGAAGGAUACCUGCCAGGGUGAUUCUGGAGGGCCUCUGGCAUGUCAUAUUGAUGGUAUAUGGAUCCUGAUUGGAUUGUCAAGCUGGGGAACAGGAUGUGGUACUUCUUUCCCUGGAGUCUACACCAAUGUGACCUACUACCAAAAAUGGAUUAUGUCUGUUAUCUCAAGAGCUGAGGUCUUGGGUGCCAACAACCUGCACUUCUCUGACUUCUUAUUGUCUAUUGUGCUGCUUUCUCUGGCUCUACUGGGACCCUCCUGUGCCUUUGGGUCUAACAUUUUACCAGGAGAGUAG